AUGUCAUGGGACUCGCUCGAGUCACGCGACUUCCUCGGCAGGGCGCCUGCGCACCAGCUGUCUGCUUCGCGGUUGAUUAGCUCGCCUGACCCGUCGCGACACCGCCACGAUGAACCACCAGAACUAUACUCGUUCUCCGAGGAAUUCCCUACAGAGGUGCGCAAUGGGCGAUGGGGGGCGCGGUUCGGGCCAGCACAUCGGCCUUCUAUGGGAUGGUGUGAAUGCUUCCGGAUCGUAAGAUCUAGAAUCGACCAAUAUCUGGCCAGGCGGAAGAUAGAGCGCGGGGUAAGACUAUACGGUCAGAAUGAACAGCGACAAGCGGUUAAAAUCUGGCUGUCUGCGUUACGAGGCGUUAGACACCGGAGCGAUAAAUUUGCAUUGCUUGGACAUCUAUAUCAGGCUUUUAUGGAUUUUGGAAAGUAUAGGGAAUCUCUGGAGUUUGCAAACCGUCAACUGGGCAUAUCAGAAGAGCUGGAUUCAGCUCCUAUGAGGGCUGAAGCCUAUCUCAACCUGGCCAGGUCUCAACAGACACUUGGCGGAUUAGACAGAGCACUCUCCUACGCUCGUCAUGCACUAUACAAUGACUGUGGGGGAGGCUCGACCGCCGGCUGUGUACAUCUCACAGUCGCCAGCGUCAGUUUGGAGCUCGGAGCAUUCUCGAAGGCGAUGGACAGCUUCCAAAAGGCAUUGGCUGUUGCACAAGCACAAAACGAUAAUACCCUGCUACUUCAAGUAUAUGUAGGUCUCUCAGAACUUUGGCGUCGUCUUCGCGAUACAGAAAGAGCUGUUGCCUGUGCGGCGCGCGCGUGUGACCUCGGCCGCGGUCCUCGCGCGGCUGAUCUCAACACUCGACACCACAGACUUGCGUUAUUGCAAAUGGCGGCUGCGCUAAGGGCAAGAGGAGAGUUGGGGGACGCGUACGAUUAUUGUAAUGAAGCCCUGCGUCUCUCAACCGUGGCAGGAGAUCAAGGCAGUUUCGCACGAGCUGUGAGAAUAGCGGGGGACGUAUACAGACGAAAAUGUGACUUUAACAAGGCUUUGAGACAUUACGAAGUAGCAAUGGGAGCGGGGCAGUCUUUGGGGGACCGUUUGGCCCAGAUGGAGGCAAUGGACGGUGCGGCAAGAUGUCUUGAGGCGCUUCGGGUCCAAGGACGAAUAUGCAAUUGCCGCCCUCUGGAAUUUAACACGCGGCUGCUGGAGGUUGCUACUUCUGUUGGAUCUAAGAUGCUGGUCCGCCGCGUGCGUCUACGUUUAGCUGAGAUCUACACAGCGUUGGGAGAUAACAACGCAGCCGCAAGACAACGCAAAGCGGCCGGCGCGUGGGCUGCACCUGCGUGUGCUAAAUGCCGGGAACCACUCGCUGAUAGACCAGAACCGUUGGCUUCUUUACCUUGCGCGCACAUCGUUCAUCACGCGUGUAUGCCUGAGUCGUGGUCCCGCCGCUCAGUCCGCAGUGCGGGUGGGGAAUGCGCCGAAUGUGCCUCCCCCCGCGCACCACGUGACCCACCCCCUGCACCACCCGCGCCGCGGAACCUACCCGCACAGGACUUUCCAUUCGGAUCUCCUCCGCCAAUGAGAGAGCCAGACUUAAACUCGGUGCGUUCCGACCAAAGCAGCCAGGAGGAAAGUGUAUAA